GUCGGUCACGGAACCCAUGUGAUGGAUGGUGAACGGGAGACCGCCACGUUUCAUUUCAUCUUCUUCCUCUCCUUUCUUCUCCACUUCUCCUCCUCAAUUCAAACGCCACUUGAAUAACUAUCAACUCAGUCUUUAAUCUCCCUUCACUCGUUGCCUUUCUUCUCUACCUCUUUUUUCGCCACACACUUGUUGUUGUGGUUCGGUGGUCGUCGUCGUCGUCGUCGUCGUCGUCGUUCGGCGGUAUUCAUCCACGGGAUUCCGCUGAUUGGAGCAUGGAUUUGUGCGACGUCGCGCUCCCUUACACUCUCAUCGGGGUUCUACUCUGGCCGCCUCCACGGCACCCUGGCGCCGUGGCCUGCGCAGGCCGCUUCCUCCGGGACUACGCGUCUCGGGCCACCAACGCCCUCCUCUGGAUCGCUCUCAUCUCGGUCACCACCGUCCUUUUCCGCAGGCUCGCUAGGCUGGUGCGGCUGUGGGUCCAGGGUAGCCGGAUCCCUGGGCCUCCCUCCACACCCUUCCUCGCCCUGAUCCAUGGCUGUGGAUCCCUGGGGAAUCUCAGCGGUUAUCUAUCUGAUUUGCACGAGAAGUAUGGACCAAUUGUCAGACUUUGGCUGAGUCCAACUCAGCUUCUUGUUUCUGUCAGAGAUACUAGGCUAAUCAAAGAGAUGUUGAUAAAGGCAGAUGAUAAGUUGCCACUGACAGGGCGAGCAUUUCAUUUGGCUUUUGGUAAAUCAAGCUUAUUUAUAUCAUCCUUCCACAAGGUACAAAAGAGAAGAGAAUCUUUGGCAGAAUAUAUGAAUAGGAGACUGUCUGCGAGGACAAAUUUUAUUACUUCAAAGGUUGUUGAGUUUGUCAUUGACAGAGUUGAUACAAUCAUGGCUGCGGGCCUUCUUGAUUGCAUACAAAUAUCAAGACAGCUUGCAUUUUUUGUUCUUGGAAGCACAUUUUUUGGGGAUGCAUUUUUGGAUUGGCCUAAUGCCAGCAUAUAUGAAGAGCUACUAAUGACGAUUGCUAAGGAUGGUUGCUUUUGGGCCUCUUAUUCCAUCCCUCCUUUCUGGAGUAGAGAAUAUUGGAAGUACCAAUACAUGUGUAAUAGGUUGAGGCACCUAACACAAGAUAUGAUCCAAUAUUGCGUGGACAAAUAUGACUCACUGAGCCAAACUGAUCACAGAUCUUACAGAGAAAACAAGGACAUUGCAAAGGAAGCUAGAUUGGAUGCUUCUGUUUUGCUUGAUAAUAUGAGAUCAGGUGGUCUGUUCCUGGAAGAAAUGGAAAAGUAUUUCAUUUCCGAAGAUGAACCAUGUGGGAAUAUACUGGCCUCGAUGUUUCAUGGAUGCCUUGCAUUUGCUAGCUUAAUUAGUAGCAUUUUGACAAGGCUUGUAAUGCAUCCUGAUUUACAAGAGAAGUUGUACUUGGAGAUUGUUGCAGUUCAGGGGGAAACGUCCGAGUUGGAUUUGCAUGAUGUGGAAAAGAUGAAUUUACUGAUGGCUACAAUCUAUGAAUCAGCUCGAUUAUUGCCAGCAGGACCUUUGCUCCAAAGAUGCUCUCUUAAACAUGAUAUAUGCCUUAGUUCUGGUGUAACUGUACCAGUAGGUGCAAUUCUAGUUGUGCCUUUACAGCUGGUUCAAACGGAUAACUCUAUUUGGGGAAAGGAUGCUAGUCAAUUCAAUCCAUAUAGAUUCUUGUCAGAAGGCAAAGAGUGCAUAGGCAUAUGCAAUGAACAUGAAGGCCCUGAGAAAAGCUCUUCUCUUAGUGAACUAAAUGAAAAUGCAGCUUUUCUUACCUUUGGAUAUGGUACACGAGCAUGUGUUGGCAAGAAGUUUGCUAUUCUUGGGGUUUCAGCACUUAUAGCGGCUUUGCUUCAGAAUUAUGAGGUUCAGAUAAGGUUUCAACCAGGACUAGAUGAUGAUCCAAAACCAAUACUAAAUGACUGCGUCCUUAAGCUUCUUCCGAGCCCAAAGAUUUCCUUCACGAAGAGAAGUCAGAGAUAGUGCAAAGUGAAGGUUCCACCUGAGUUUUGCUGCAGUUAUGUGGCAAGGACUUGGAAAAACCUUUGCAUCCACUGGUAAAAGAAACCCUUUGACAGUUUUUUUCCCCUUCGGUUUUUGACAGCUCCAGUGAUUAUUACCACACCCUUUUAGUAGUUUGGAAGCACUUGGGAGUUGUUAACUCUAGAUGGUCCUUUGUCCAGUUGUAUAAUGACGUUUUUCCUCCAGAAAGGAGUUUGUUGAAGCGGUAUGAAAUGUGAUUAUAGUCGCAGACAUAAUAUGUUAGCAGAAUAAUUAAAUAAGUGCCCCUUGUAAGUGUUGUUGUAAUUGUAGAAUGUUCUCUCUCA